UAACUUUUUAUUUUGUUACACAGCCCAUUCUUUACGCACGAACACAAGCCAAUCACUGAGUUGGUGUGCACAUGUUUUUUUUUUUUCCGGUGGGCAACUGGAUAGCCAUGUUCCAAACCUAGCGCAGAAACACACAAUUAUUUUCGACUUAUAAGCAUGUAGGAAAGUAUUAUCACUUCGUAUCGAAAUUACGCGUAAGCUUGACGUUGGACCGUCGAAACAUUAGUUGUGCUUCUACAACCUAAAUAUAACCACGCAAACCGAUCACUAGAGAGGAAUGGAGCUGUUGAAAUGUGUUCUGUUGGCUAUAUGUUAAUAUUAACUUAGACUUAAAGUUUUCAUUAAGGUUUUGUUUUAAUAUUAUGACAUAUCAAGCAUGUUAGUGAAUAAACAAGACUGAGCUCCUUUCUGACAUGUCAUGGAUAGGGAAACCUUUCAUAACUGCUGCAGUUUGGCCAAAAUGCCCAGGCAGAUCCAUCAACAGCACUGCUCCUCUCACUUCAUUGAGUACAUAGAGAGAGAUAUACCUUACUCUAAAUUCUUCAAGAACUACCUGAUUACAAAUCAACCAUGCAUGUUUUCCAAAAGAUUCACAGAAGAUUGGAACUGCAGAAAAAACUGGGUCACGAUUGAUGGAAAACCAAAUUUACAAAGACUUCUACAUGAGUUUGAUGAGACUCCUGUUCCUGUUGCAAACUGCAGUGCAAAAGAAUACAAUUCCAACCCGAAGCAGAUCAUGCCUUUUAAGGAGUUUAUCCAGUACUGGAGGGAGUACAUACAGAAUGGGCAUUCUUCACCCAAAGGAUGUCUUUACUUAAAGGACUGGCAUAUGCAGAGGAACUUUCCUGAGCAUAAUACUUACAAGAACCCAAUUUACUUCUCCUCUGAUUGGCUGAAUGAAUAUUGGGACACAACUGAAGUAGAUGAUUAUCGUUUUGUCUACAUGGGACCUAAGGGGUCAUGGACACCUUUCCAUGCAGACGUGUUUCGCUCUUACAGCUGGUCUGCCAACAUCUGUGGACGUAAGAAAUGGCUCCUGUACCCUCCAGGCCAAGAGGAGUUCCUCCGGGACUGUCAUGGCAACUUGGCCUAUGAUGUAACAGCACUUGUACUUCAAGACAAAGGUCUGUAUGCACAGUUUGAAGAGGCCUGUCAGCCUUUAGAGAUCAUUCAAGAAGCUGGGGAGAUAAUCUUUGUACCUAGUGGUUGGCAUCAUCAAGUUUACAAUUUGGUAAGUAAUAAUGGUUUAAUGGUGUCCAAAUAUAAGAUGUACUAGAACAGGGGUGUCCAAUCCUGGUCCAGGAGGGCCAGUGCCCUGUACUGUACUCAGAGGUACGUGAUUGCUUAGUACGUUGCACAAGGAAGGAGAAAUACAAAAACACAACAAAAUGAUCAUAAAAAUAAUACAUUUUAUUUGUAAUCCAAAUCUUCAGAACCCAUAUUAUUGUGAGGAACACACCCAAAUUCAAGCCUUUAACCCCUGAUCUUCAUCUCCAUCCUCAGCAGUGACUAGAAACAUCAAAUCCCACACUUAUGUCAAGAAGCAAAACAAAAGUUUGCAUCAGCAAUAUCAAAUGCUUAUUGGCUCAUUUGAUAUGAUUUUCAGUGCUUAUCAGCUUAAAUUCUGCUCUGAACUUCACACAAAAAUAUUAUAAACAGACUGCGAAUGCAACACAUCAUCAUUUGAACAUUUCUGCAAGUCAUUCCAUGUCAAAUCAACUAAAUUUCGGAUACUUCACCAGCUCAAAUUUUUGAUUGUUAAUAUUUUUUUCUGAAGAAAGACAAAGAUAAAUAGUUAUGAAAGCCAAAAUAUUAAAUGUCAUGGAUGUACAUUUACUGAGUAAUCCACUAUUUUGUAGA